AUGGAACACAAGUAUGAUGAAAAGAAGCAAACUCCUUGCGCCAAGAAGGUUAUCAAAAUUCUGCUGUCAAUUUCUAUAGUUUCCUUCCUCAUCAUCUCCCUCUCUCCCUAUCUGCUUCCUCUUCUGAUCCAAUGGUUUGAUCAUUACACCGCCACUUUCUCUCUAUCCUCACAUCUAUUCAGAUACAGCAGUGAACGCAACUACAUAUUCCUCUUCUGCAAUGGAAUUUUGUUCUUGGUGAUCAAGACUUCAGUCCUAAAAGGCAAUUCUUUUCUGGGUUCUCAAUCUACAAUUCAAGAGGUCAGCAACACUCAUAAGGAAUUAUCAAAGCCAUCAACAAAGGAUAUCACCAUGGACUAUGAAGAAGAAGAAGAAGAAGAAGUCAAUAUUCAUGACAACGACGAAGAAGAAGACGGAAUCGGGUUGUUGAGUGCAGAAGAACUGAACAGGAAAUGCGAUGACUUUAUAAGAAAGAUUAGAGAAGGAAUCAGAGUUGAGGUUCGACCAACAGCUAACUAA